AUGGUGUGUUCCCCAGACUUCUCUCUGCUAAGAGACCUCUUUCUGAUCCUGCUUUUCCAGAUGUCCAUGUGGGGCUCAGACUCCUUUUCAGUGACUGGCCCCUCAGAACCCAUCGUGGCCAUGCUGGGUGCAGACACGGUGCUGCCCUGCCGUGUAUACCCAGCCAUGAAUGUGGAGAGUAUGGAGAUCCGGUGGUUUCGCAACCAGUUCUCAGAGGCUGUGUUUGUGUAUCAGAAUGGAAUGGAGCAGGUGGGAGAACAACUAGUAGAUUUCAAAGGGAGAGCCGAGUUGGUGAAAGACUACAUCACUGAGGGAAGAGUAGCUGUGAGAAUCCACAGCCUCCGGGUCUCAGACAAUGGAAUGUACAAGUGCUUUUUUAAAAAAGGAACUGAUUUCGAAGAAGCCGUUUUGGAGCUAAAGGUGAUAGGUCUAGGUUCUGAUCCUCGUGUUUUCUUGGUGGGUCCAGAAGAUGGAGGAAUAAGGUUGAAGUGCACAGGCAAGGGAUGGUUUCCCCAGCCUGAAGUACAAUGGGAAGAUGCGAAGGGAGAGAAGAUCCCAUCUGUCUCUGAGGACGAGAUACAAGAUGAUGAUGGCUUGUUUCAGAUUGAGGCAUCCCUCAUUGUGAGAGACAGCUCAAAGACACAAGUGUCCUGUUCCAUGAAGAACCCCUUCUUUGGACAAGAGCAAGUGGAAACCAUUUUUAUCCCAGAAUCCUUCUUCCCUAGGCCCUCUCCUUGGAAGGCAGCAUUUGCUGUGACUUUGGUGAUACUUGGGAUUUCGGUUGGUGCUAUUGUGUAUUUGACCUUGAAGGAACGACAGGGAAAGAAGAAACUAUCAAAAGUCAAGGGAGAAAAGGAGGAAGAAAGUAAAGCUAAAGAAUCACUUAAGAGAGAGCUUGCCAAAAGGAAAGAAUUAUAUCAGCAAGACUGGAGAAAAGCUGAGUUAUAUGCUGACUGGAGGAAGGAACAGUUCAAAGCAGUGGCUUUCACCCUGAAUCCGGAAACAGCUCAUCCCAACCUCGUCUUAUCUGAGAACAAACAACGCAUUUCUUUAAAAAAUAAUGUUCCCCAGAAUGGUGAUGCCCCGACACACGAAGACCAAGGGGAGUCUGAAGCCAUCUUCAGUGUUCUGGGCGAGAAGUCCCUCACCAUGGAGAGGCAAUACUGGGAGGUAGAAGUAAAUAUGAGGAAAGAAGAUGGAUCUGCAACUCGAUGGGCUCUGGGCAUUUGCUCAGAGACAGCGAAGAGAGAGGGCUGGUUUGUAGAAAGGCCAGAGAAGCAUUUCUGGGUUUUGAUAUACAAGGAAGGAGAAGUCAUUGUUCCCACCUCCCAGAAAAUCUCUCUGUCACUGAGGCAGCAGCUCCACAGGAUAGGAGUUUUCCUGGACUGGGAAGCUGGGAACCUGUCCUUUUAUAACAUGGCCGAUGGGUCCCACAUUUAUUCUUUUACUAGCAUCGCCUUCUGUGGAAACUUUUUUCCUUAUUUUAGUCUUUGGGGUACUGGUACAUCUUUGACCAUCUGCUCAACUUCAGAUCAUCCUGAGAAUUGUCCUGAUUCUUCUCCAAAGACCUCUCUAACUCAUUUAAAUAGCUGUGAAACAAGCAUCCCCCAAGAAUCUAACUCUCUAUUAUAA